GUAAAAGUUGUCAGUCAAUUGACUCGUCCAAUAGACAUCAACUUUUGUGUUGACCAUGAAGUCUAUCAUUGCUUUGGCUCUAUUUGUGAGUGUUGCCCUGUGCAACUCUACCGCCCAUUAUGGCUGGAUCCCCAAUCAUGAGCUCGCCUUCCGGUGGACCACCUCCCAGAUCACUGGUCUGGAGGAGAUCCGUGCUCAAUAUGGUGGCAUGGAGUUGAGCUCCAUCAUCAGGGUCCAAGUCUUCUCCGACUACUCGCUCCGCAUCAAGUUCGAGAACUCAAAGUUCGUGGUCGUCAACAAGGAUUUGCCCAUCGUGCAUGGACGUCCCCAGAUCCCUGAAGGUAGCCAAGAGCUUCCUGAGGAGUUCCGCCGUCCUUUGGAGACCGCCUUCAUGGUCCACUUGAAGGCUGGUGUCAUCGAGAAUCUCUUUGUUGAGCGUGAUGAGCCCGUCGUGGUGACCAACAUCAAGAAGGCUCUGCUAUCCCAACUUCAGAUGGACUUGAGCGCCUCCCGUCGCCAGGAUAUCGGUAGCAACGAAAUCCCCAAGAGCAUCAUGUCGGAUGAGCGUCCCACUUUCUUCACCACCGAGGAGAGCUCCAUCCUUGGAGACUGCGAGACCAUCUACACCGUCAACCCCUUGGCCAAGUACCAAGCCAACGAGUUGGAGAGCAGAUGGAUUGAAGAGGAGAGAGAGCUCAGGGAGUUGGGCAUCCUUUCCGGACCCAAAUCCGAGGGUGAUGAAGCCUGCCGUGGUAAGACCUACUACGAGGUGACCAAGACCAGGAACUUUGACAACUGCCGUGAGCGCCCCGUGUUCCAACAAUGGAUCGGACUCAAGAGCUCUUGUGAUGUGACCAAGUCUAAUUGCAAGGAUAUGUUCACGCAUCUGUCCUCUACCCGAUACAUUGUAUGCGGAAGUGAGGAGCAAUUCUACAUCCGUGAGGCCAACACUGAGAACUCGAUUGUUUCUCAACCCAUUGGUUGGAAUACCGAAGAGACCCUGAAGUCCACUGCUCGCAUCACCUUGGUUUUGAUCAAGGUUAAGUCGGGUGAUUUCACUCCCCUUCCCAAACCUAACCAGCCUAAGGAAAAGAAGUCCCUCGUGUACCAGUACCCCAAGGCUAAUGACCGCUUGAGCCCCGAGGAGGCCACCAGGGAGGUGGUUCCCGGCACUGAAGGACAAUCUCCUUUCAUGCCCAUUCUUCCCAAGCCUGACAUGCGCUCAGCUUCAAACCUGAUCCCCAACCCCAUCGCCAAGAACGAGUUGAAGACCAAGAUUGUUGAAGAGAUCAAAGAUAUUGUCAACAAGAUCCACGAGGAGACCCAGUCUUGUGCCAAUAAGGGUGAUGUGGCCAGCUACAUCUCCACCGUUGUCCAAUCUCUCCGUUCUCUGAACUACAAUGACCUCAAGGAGAUCGAUCACAAGAUCACCAGCUCCUUCUCUCAUGGAUCCCAACGAGUGACUGCCGUGGAAAUCUUUGAGGACAUGCUCGCUAUGGUUGGAAGCAACCCUUGUGUGCUUCUUCUGAAGGAGAAGAUCCAGGGUGGGCGCAUGGAAUCGCGGAACAAGGCUUACUUGGUUGGAAAUGCCAUCCGCAAUGUUCGCACUCCCACCGAGGAACUUUUCAAGGAGCUCUUCCAGAUGGUCAAGUCUGUGAAGGGCGAUCGUCAAGCUUAUCAAUCAGGUCUUUUGGAACUGAGCAACUUGGUCUACUUGGCUUGCGUGAACCCCUCUACCAGCUACAAUCAGUACCCAGUCAGGAUUUACGGUCGCUUCUGCAAUCCAGACUCCUCCUUCAUCACUGAGCAAUACAUUCCCUACCUUGAGCAACAAUUGCAAAACCGCAACAGCGAGAAGGAUGUGGAACAAUUCGUGUACAUUAGUGCUUUGGGCAAGCUUGGUCACAAGAACACCCUCUUGCCCUUGACCCGUGUGAUUGAAGGCAAGAUGAGCUCCAAGCCUAUGGCCCGCUCCAUGGCUGUCUACUCCCUGAAGCGCUUGGCUAAGCUGGAACCCACCGUGGUGCGUCCCGUCCUUUUGGCUCUGAUUGACAACCUGGCCGAACACACUGAGGUCCGAAUUGCCGCCGUGGCUGUCCUGCCGUGGAGCCAGCCCUCAGUGGCCGAGCUUCAAAAGAUGGCUCUGCGUAGCUGGUUUGAACCCUCCAAGCAAGUUGCCUCCUUCAUGUACUCGACCCUGAAGUAUCUCCCUCAAACUGAGGUCCCCGAAUUGAAGCCCGUUGGCUUGAAAGCCAAGACUCUCCUGCACUUGGUGAAGCCUUUCCAAUAUGGCAUCCAAUUCUCCCACAACAUCUACAGCCAGAAAUUUGUCGAGUACCUCCGAACUGCUGCCAGCUCCCAAUUGAGAUACGUCAUAACUGAAGAAUCCUUAAUCCCAACUCGUGUUUCCUUCUCCACCAAGCUCUUUGGCGGUCUGUGGGAAAUUCGCGGUCUGUCCUUUGCUAUUUACACCGAGAGCAUGGAUAAGGUAAUGGACAAGGUCUUUGACUACCUGGGCUACAAGAGCGAAGUCACUGACAAGGUUGAGGAACAAUUGAACAAGGUUAACGAAGAGCUCAAGAUUCAAGACCGGCAUGGUCGAACUCCCGCUGCUAUGGCUCAACUCAAGAUGCUUGGUUUAGAAACCUUCUAAGCUUUGGACGUCAAGACCUAAAUUGAGAUCUUGAACCUGGUGUCUGAGAAGCUCCGAGGCGCCGAGUUGAGUGAAGGACAGACCUUCCAAAAGACUCGUCUCCAGAAUCUGCUCAAUUUGGAAUCCUUCGGACCCUCAGAAGCUGGUUUCCUCUUGUACGUGCGCAAGACUGUACCUGUCGUCUUGGCCUACAAGGGCUCGUAAUCCACUAACACAGGAUCGCUAGAGUCCCGUGACUCUGAGAAGUACUUCAAGGCCGAAGUCAAGCCCAUUGCCAACAUCAAGGUGGAAACCACCUUAGGUGUUGUGUCUCCUUUCACCAAACAAUUCAUUGGUGCCGGUGUCGAAAUGGGUCUCCAUGCUAAUGGCUGUUCUGCCGUCAAGGCUGAGAUCAACAAGCCCGGUCAAUUGACCUUGACUUUGAAGAAGCCUGAGCAGGUCAACACCAAGGUUGAACUCAUCCACGUUUUCGUCAAGCCCUACACCUUCACUCGGGAUCUGACCCGUUUGGUGCCCACUUUCAAGGACUCCAGUGCCAAGACCAUCGUGUCCACUAACCUUAUCAAGCAAGAGUUCAAACUUGGUGAGAGAUUCGGCGUGAACUUGAACGCCAAAUUUGCCACUGAUUACAGACAUUUCGACUUUGGUUACGUCAUCAACAAGAUGUCGUACCAAAAUAUCCAAUCUGCUUUCCACACCGGACUCAUGGUUCCCUCGAUCAGAUACUUCUCCUUCCAACUUGUUUGGGAUGUGGAGGCUUCUCAAACCAAAGAAAUUAGGACCCGAAUCUCUUCUGUUCGUGGCCAACACGUGGAAGGAGGUGACUUGGAAUUGCUCUCGGAGGAGGGUGUGUCUCAAGAGGAACACUUGAGAAGGAUAUGUGGAGAAUCGUAUCAAACUCAGUCAGAGGCUGAGAUCUGUCAUCGACAGGCUCUUGGUCAGCUUGAGCGUGCUGCUGAAACUGUUCAGGAAAUCUGCGAGCAACAAUCUGAAUCUGGAUCCUUGUCUGAUGAGAAGAAGCGCGAGUGCCGCAAGGCUGUCCAUGUCUGUGAACAGGCUAAACGCAUCUGUGAAGAGUCCCGCCGUUAUGAGCGAGAGAUCUGCCAAGAUAAGAAAGACCAAUGCUUGAGCAAGCGCCGCACCAUCCAGCACAUGGAAAGAGCCCUUCAAGGACAACAAACUGGAACUGGACGUGUUCAUGGUCUCAACUUUGAAUCCUCUCUUCGAUCUGCUUACCAUGGUGAGCGCAAGGUCGAGGUUAUGGGAGUGUUUGGCCGCAAAGUCAGCAACAACAACAAGGAUAUUAAGGCUUUUGUUGAUAUCAAGAUGACCACGCCCGAGCAUCCUGUCUACGAAAUGGAAGCUGUUUGUGAGACCAAGUUGCCUGAGACUGAAACUUUGGAGGGUGAGGUGAGAGUGUCCCGCUCGGGUCGCAUGGCUGAGCUGAAGAUCACCUCUCCCGUUGAGAUGAAGUACCACAAGAUCACUUUGCCUUACGCCAUCCGCGGUUUCAUGCCCUUGUCGCUCCGUAAUGGUACACCUUUUGUUCAAGGAUUGCUCUAACAAGCGUCCUUUGGCCGUCUUGGCCGAGGGCGUGUCCAACUCGUACAAGAAUGUCAAGGUCAUCCUUGGAACCAACGUUGUCACCAUGAACUGGGGCCGAAAAGAGCAUCUGGGCGGCAAGGUAGACAUCAAGAUCAAUGGUGAGCACAAGGACAUCCCCGUGGGAGAGCUCUACGUCAAGCGGUCGUCCCAGACUGGUCAUGUUGUGUUGAACAUCUUCCGCAGCAAGGACUCCGUGGUUUCAGUCUAUAACCCAGAGGAAGGACUAGAGGUCUUCUAUGAUGGGAAGAAGAUUGAAAUUGUGGCCCCUCAAAUCCUGCACAACCGUGCUUGCGGACUCUGCGGUGAUCUCAACCUUGAGAACACGGCCGAUUUGCAAACACCCAAGCAAUGCUUGAUGCGACACGAUCGUUUCAAUGCCUACACCUACAUGAUCAAGAAGAACAACUGUCCUGGAGUGCCCUCUGAAGACCGAGAGGAGUUCGAGCACGAAUUGAGCCAAUGCUCGCGUCCCAAGAACUUGCCCACUCCUUUGGAGAAGUUGACCCGUGCCAGCAUGAGCCGCAAGCCCAUCACCGGGACCCAUCUUUUCAAGAGGGAGGAGAACCGCAUCUGCUUCUCCAAGCGUCCAAUCCGCGUUUGCACGGGCAACUCUCGCCCUGAGAUCAUGAAGACUGACGUUCUGGACUACGCCUGUUUGAUCUGGCCCUCCACCAAGGCUGAGCAGUUCUUGGCUCGUGCCAAGGCUGGAGAGAUCAUUGACGAGCUCGUGGCUCUGCCCACUGUUUACUCCGACAAGCACCGCGUGCCUUCUCAGUGCUCUUUGGAAGUCAGCGGUUCAGAGGAGUUCGCGUACAACUACAGGACCACCCCCAGAUAUUAAGCCAUGAACACCGGAAGCAUCUAGUACAAUAUCAAAAUGCUAUUUAUUUCAAGCAACAUUUAAGAAACUUACCAAUUUGGAAUACCAUAUGCGUCAAAAAUGUUAUGUUGACGGCUAUUGCAUAAUAAACCAAUUUUGAACCCAA